UCAUCAUCAUUAUCAUCAUCAUCAUCAUCAUCAUCCUAUUCAUUAUCAACAUUACUGAGUAUUGUACGUAUCGUAGGUUUUUAUGCAUACAUCGAGACCUCAAUACCAAGGAAAACAAACGAUAAAGCCAGACUUGUGAGUCCUACYCUGCGUCCAGUGGGCAAAAACCAGACAUGUAAUUUAACGWUCUAUAUACAUAUGUAUGGCGAUACCAUUGGCCAGUUCAACGUUUACCAGGCCCCAGUUGUUGGUCAUGAUAUUAUUAAGAAAAGAUUGACCGUGUCACAAGGGAAUGCCUGGGUCCGAGAGAACGUAACGUUUGAUAGCGAAAGAGAAUUCCAGGUCAUUUUAGAAGGUGUUAGAGGUGUGAACUACCGAGGGGACAUCGCUAUUGAUGAUAUCUCACUCUCCUCCGGAUGUCAGCGACUAGAGCCAACAUAUGUACGUAUUACGUCAUCGUCCUCCGUCGAAUUAUAUAAUAAUGGAACCUGGGGGCGAGUCUGUAAUAGUGGGUGGACUGGGAACGAUUCCAAGGUCGCAUGCAAAGAGCUUGGGUACGAGGAUGUCGUACAACAACAACAAAACAAAACGUUUGGUUUACCCAUGGAUAGUCAAGUGGUAGACGGUUAUGAAGCGGUCACGUGCAGUGGUUCUGAGAAAUCUAUUGACAAGUGUGCUAAAACAAACUGGUCCACCACUCUAGCUUGCUCAAAUAACUUAACAGCCUCGUUACAGUGUACAGGAAUUGCGCCCGUUUGCCCACUGAARACCCACUUCUACUGUCCCAAGAAAGCAAACGAGUCGAUAGCAAAGUGUAUAUCUGUCUCACAGCGAUGUGAUUUUGUCAACGAUUGUUGGGAUGGAUCAGACGAAACAAACUGUGUUAAUUACACUCGAUGYAACUUUGAGGAUCCUGAUUUAUGUGACUAUAUCCAGGCUGGAAAUGACGACUUUAACUGGACUCGCCAUAGUGGUGAUACUCCUUCAUAUGGGACAGGUCCCAGUGCAGAUCAUAAUGGUGACAAGAGCAAACAUUACCUAUACACCGAGGUAUCACGUCGAUCACAUGCUGACAAAGCACGUAUAGCAGUUAUUCCGAGAUUCAAAGGUAAUCACGAGGGUCAAUGUAAAGUACGAUUCUUUUACCAUAUGUUGGGAUGGUCGACUGGUAAACUACGAAUYCUCGUUAGUGACAUCUAUAAYACGCACACUGUGUGGGAGAAAGUUGGUUCACAUGGAGACAGGUGGAUUCGAGCUGAAGUCACAUUAAUCAACAUUACACGGUCAUUCCAGGUCAUAUUCGAAGCAGAGCACAGUGAAUAUGGUUGGAGAGGUGAUAUUGCCAUUGACGAUGUGUCCUUCACUCCAGAAUGUCGACCAGCAGAGAUUGAAAACAUCACAUGCUCAAAUGAUACCUUCAAGUGUAAGAAUGCAAUCCAGUGUAUUCCAAGAAAUGAUGUCUGUGAUUUCAAGAUUGAUUGUAUGGAUAGCUCAGACGAAUUAAACUGUGGUWCUCACCAAACUGGUCGUUGUAAUUUUGAGGGAGGAUUUUGCGACUGGCAAAAUGAAACAGACGACGUGUUUGAUUUUAGACGACAUUCUGGCAGCACAUURUCACAAGGAACAGGCCCAGAUUACGAUCAUACCCUUGGAUAUGGAAAAAAUGGUCACUACAUWUAUAUCGAGGCUUCUUCUCCAAGGAAGAAGGGGGACAUAGCAAGAUUGGCUGGCCCGCAGUACAUGUUUGCAGGAAUCAGCGGAUGUCAGAUGCGAUUUUACUACCACAUGUGGUCCAUUCGCAACUAUCACAAUGUUGGCACGCUGAAGGUGGUGCUACGCAACGCUAUUACUAGGRAAAAUACUACCCUGUGGCAAAAGACUGGUAACCGAGGCAACCGAUGGAUCGUAGCAACUGUUCCUAUAGCGACUAAUUGGUCGGUUUCUCAGAUUGUAUUGGAGGCUAGUGUGGGAUUGUCGUUUGACAGUGAUAUCGCUAUUGAUGACAUAUCCUUCUCUCCUCGGUGCUACCCUGACACACGUAAGUAUUCACACUAUUUGACUUGUUAUUCCAWAGCUGCSCAUAUCGAYAAAAACUACGAUGUUCGUCUUGCUGGACUUAAGUCGUCUUUCGAAGGCCGCGUAGAGGUGUUUCGUGCGGGKUACUGGGGCACAGUUUGCAGUGAUGGCUGGGAUUUCAAUGAUGCAAAGGUCGUUUGCAAACAGCUUGGUUAUGCCGGCGCUGCAGUCGUGUCAAUCAGAACUCUUCCUGGAAAAGGUCAAAUAUGGCUGGACAAUCUUAAGUGUUUUGGAAAUGAGAGUAACUUGAAUAUGUGCAACCAUAAUGGCUGGUCUGUUCAUGACUGCAACCACAACCAAGACGCUACUGUUGUUUGUGAUAUCUCCGGUGGAAGCACUGUUCCUMUACGUCUUGCUGGCCACAAAAAYARCAGCAGAAGGGGUUUGGUGGAAGUAUACAAAUACGGCAUAUGGGGCAUGGUGUGUUAUGACCAGUGGGACUUGCACGACGCCCACGUUGCUUGUCGACAAGCUGGUUUUCUAGGAGUGGAGGCGGUUACUAAGGAAACUGCACCAACAUCCAAUAAGAUUUGGUUGAGUAAAGUAAGUUGCCGUGGUAACGAGGAUUCUUUGGGUGAAUGCGGUCAUUCUGGCUGGGGCGCUUCUGAUAAAUGUCAGUAUGGGUACGCUGGCGUCUUAUGUAAAGAGCAAGGUGCUUCCGAGGGRGUCAUUCGUUUGGUUGGUGGACGGUCCAUGAAGGAAGGCCGAGUGGAGAUAUUCCAUAACGGGGAAUGGGGCACAGUGUGUGAGGAAAAAUGGGGCUAUAAAGAUGCUCAGGUCGUGUGUUACGAGCUUGGUUUCUCUGGCGUUGUUUCAUACCAUCAAAGCUUUGGUCCAGGAACUGGUCGCAUAUGGCUAAGCAAUGUCGAGUGUAGUGGAACCGAAUCGUCCUUAUCCUCGUGUUCUCGUAGUMGUUGGGGUUACAAUCCAUGUGAUCACAGUGAAGAUGUAGGCGUGAUUUGUGGAGAUAACGCCUAUGUUGGAUGUUACAAAGACGGUCAGCCCCAGGCAAUGCCUCACAAAGUCACCAUGCAAGAUUUGACUCCUGUUAAGUGUCUUCGGUAUUGCCGUGAAAAGGGCUUUGACUACAGUGGACUGCAUUGGGGCUCAGAAUGUUUCUGUGGCAAUCAUUAUAAUAAAUAUGGCAACGCCUCCGAAAAUCAGUGUGCAACACCGUGUGUUGGAGACCCAACUAAGAUUUGUGGAGGAACAUACAGAAUAUCUGUCUACGCUACAAAUCCAGCAAUACUACCCAGUUCAGCUCCAGGUUGGCUUCCAGUCCGACAAAGCUGCUCGUCUGUUAUUUACUUUGGUAACUACGCCAUUUUGAACCCGAUAUCAAGACCAAACUACUUUAGCGGCAAUCUAAUGACAGGGUACAUUUGGUCUCCGUCAUGGCCGAAAAAYUAUCCCAACAAGAUUCAUUGUGUCUGGGUCCUCAACUUACAACCGGGUUCUAAAGCUAGGAUAAAGUUUAUUUCCUUCAAUAUAGAGAAGCACUAUGACACUUUUGAAGCACGUGAUGGCAAAAGACAGUAUAGUUCCAGGCUUACUCCAUUUGAUGGGUUUAGUGGAAAUAUUUCGUAUACCUUGACAGCAUCGACGAACGUCAUGUGGAUCAGGUUUUACGCCGAUCAGAGUGUCUCGAUGAAAGGCUUCAAGCUUCAAUAUGAAGCGUCGGGUCUAACGUCUUCAACACCGUCGCCCACGACUGUACCAGUUUCAACGACGAUUAAUCCAAGCUCUCUUCCAUACAUACAAAGGGUUGUUGGAGGUUGUAACGGUCAAUUACAUACCGUUAACGUUACAUUUGGCUACUUCGAUYAUAAUCACAAUGCAGGAUACGUACAAAGUCCCGGGUAUCCGGCAUCUUAUGCCAGCAAUAAAAAGUGCAAUUGGACUAUCGUAGUACAGACUGGAUUUCAAAUCAAUGUCCGCAUAGUGAAACUCAAUUUUGCUGCAUCCGGGGAUUUCUUUGCAAUCGAUGAUGGGAAAACUACACAGACGUCACGUGAUCAUUCGUUACCAUGGAGCUUCAAGUCACGUGAUAGGAUGCUUCGAGUGUCGUUCGUGACAAGUUCGCGUUCCCGUAGAAAAAGAAACGUUGAACCAGUUGGUUUUUACCUGAAAUAUGAACGAGACAUAAAAGUAAAUUCAACUUCCUCAGUGCAAAUAAGCACUUCGUCUAAAUCUUCACUUUUACCAAUAACUUCUUCAACACCGGUUCUCACUUCAAUGCCGCCCUCAAUAACCUCGCAACUUCGUCAAUCCUCUUCGAGUCUCGCAGGCACAACAAUCUUUUCAACUUCUCUUCAAGCAACAACGUCACUGGCCACCUCAGUUGCCAUGACAACAUCAAUAACAACUGUGACGUCAUCGUCAGGUGGAUAUUUGUUCUGCAUGCUAAUUCCAAAUUUGUAUUCAGUGUACUCAAMGUCAUCAGAACCAGUGUUCUACUCAACUACGCCUGUCACUACGCCUGCUACUACUACAGAGAAAAUAGACUCCAACGGAUCAUCGGGCAAACAAAGGGAAGAAAGUGAUAAGCUUAGCGGUGGCAGUAUAGCUGGMAUUGUGAUUGGAUUCAUUGUGCUCAGCCUCAUAAUUAUCAUAUUGGUAUUUCUGCUCAUUAAAAACAAGAAAAAGAGAAACAACCCAGCAGGACGUCAUUUCUUCAUUAAUCAAGCUUAUGACAACACAGAUGGCAUGGUAAUGACAAACCCUGCCUCUGGUCCCACCCCUCCCUCAGGACUACAAGAUGCCAGUAUCUUCUAUGCAAAUACAGCUGUUGCGCCUCCUCCAUACACACCACAAGCGGAAAGUACUGAUCCUGCUCCAGCAUACGCUGUUCCUACAGCACCUAACACAGGUUACGGUAAUCUAUACUCACAACCACCACCAUACCAAGCUAGUGGAGAUCGUAACGCUACGUCUACUGGCAUUGGMUCAGUUACUAGUCUACGGGAUACYYCCCCGGAAAACAGUACACUUUCAGUUACAACAGUCAAACCAGGUAGUUUCUUUGUCUUGUUGUCUCUCUUUCUAUUGCACUUAAAAURGUUAUCUGUUAGUGAUAAUGAAGAGCAGCGCUAUCCAACUGACUCUAACAGUUCAUGCUUUUUCUUCGCAUGUUUUAAAGAUGAURUCUUAAGAGGCAUUCCUGCUCUUGAGUCGAGAACAUCUGUACUUACCCCAGUGGACGGUCUAACGGGUACUGAUGGUAAUCCGUUCGGUGUGAAGACUGUACUCCCCCCAAUUGCUGGCGCGGCUCCACAAGAAAAGAGGCCCAUUAAUAGCGAUGAAGCAGGUCCUUUACCUGAGAAAGUCCCAAUCGACGUUGUCGCAUCCAAUAAUAAUAACACCGACGAKCAACCACCAACUGCCCGUGGUCCAUUGCAAGGUCACGUGACUCGGUCCCAGGCCAGCACGGAAUUCGAUGUUGAGGUGCCGUUUGAGUUUAUUUGUCCGCUCUCUAACAACAUCAUGACACACCCAGUCUCGGCUUCCGAUGGCUACACGUACGAGCGCCGAGCAAUUAAAUCGUGGUUCCGACGGAAUCGGACGAGUCCGAUGACAAACGAGAGACUGACGGACUUGAGCUAUCGUCCAAACGAACACCUCGAGGCACGAAUAAAGGAGUUCAUCCAGGCCCAUAAGGUCUAACGAUUAUCAUCCGAUAGAUUAUUGAUUGGGGUAUAUGGCAACCACUCACUUAACAAAUAUUAAUCUUGCUGCAUUUAGGAAAAACACCGAUUGCACAAUGUAUUGUCAAUUACAAUAUGCAGCUCAAUCACCUUUCAGACCUUAAUAGAAAACACGAAUCAAGGUCGGAUUUAAACUAAUGAUUUGUUGAUAGAUCGAUUACUUACCGAAUAUUGAUCGAUUAUAGCCCGAUGUUGGCCGAGUUCUAUACAAUGUACAUAGAAUUAUCGAGUUGUUAUCGAUUAGUGUUCUUAGUAUCGCUUCGUUGGUAAAAGUUUUAAGCUUUAGUAAAAUAAUCAUAGCCAUGACAUGCGUCUGYACAUUGUAUUCAUAAUCAGAAUCACUUGUCGCACUCAAAAUAUGUAAAUAGAAUCACUAGUGUGAUGUUAUUAUUAUU